CCAUCGAUCGCCAGUACCUACUGUCGGAGAGAAAUGAAGUGAGUGGCGAAAUCCAAAAGAGAAAUGAAGAAGAAAAGGAGUAGCAGCAAAGAAGUCGUCGUCGGCACAAAAUCAAAGCAAGAGAAGAAGAAAAGCAAGAGCAAGACAGGCAAUAGUUCACCAAGAGAACCUGUUGUCUUAUUACUCUCAUCCUCCUCCAGCAGCAGCAGCGAUUCACAGGAAGUAAUAAAAAUCGAGGGAGAGGAUGAUGAAACGAAGAGCGGAAUCAAGAAUCGAAGCAUGAAGAGCUCUAAAAUCAAGAGUGCUAAUAAUGCUAAAAGAAAAGGAAAAGAUGAUGACUUCGACGGAGAAGGAGAAGAAGAUGGGACGGCGUGUAGGUUUCCGAUGGCCAGGAUAAAGAGGAUUAUUAAGAGCGAAGAUUCUGAGUCGCUAUUGAGUCAGGAUGUCGUUUUCUUAGUAAACAAAGCCACGGAGAAGUUUCUGGAGCAAUUUAGUGACGAAGCAUAUGAUUAUUCAGUUCAGGAUCGUAAGAAGUCUCUUGCUUACAAGCACCUAUCAACAGUUGUUAGUAAAAGGAGGAGAUUUGACUUCCUUUCGGAUUUUGUUCCUGAGAAAUUAAAUGCGAAGGAUGCAUUGGCAGACAGAACACUGGCCAUGUCAGGGCAAGGUUAAGCCAUGGGAAUGGAGAUGAUAAUCCUAGAAGUUUUCUUUGGUCUUGAGUUGCUUGCGGAAUCAUGCUCAUUUCAUAGCCUUGCCUUGUUGCUAUCAGUUGGUAAUAUGAUUGCCUAGGCAUUGGUUCUCAACAAAUUUGAUGGGAUGUAAAUCUAAGAGGGCAUUUUGAAAUUUGUGUGCUUGUGGUAAUGGGAGCUGGUUGCAUCUCCUCUAACUGGGGGCCAUAACCGGAAACUUUUCUUGUUUGAUCCAUGAAGCAUUAUGCCUCGCAUUCUUAUAUAUUUUGUGUGGGGUUCAUUCUUUGUUCCCCAUGCUUUCACA